AUGAGUAACAUUGUUAAGACAUUGCAAAAUAUGACUCAUACAAAGAUUGUUUUUGAUUCUACUAAGCAACUUAGUUUUUUUAUUGCCUUCCUCAUUAAUUUUCGAAAAGGGGUCUAACAAGACUAAUUGCUUUGGACAAAUUGA